GUCGACUUAUUCACAAGUCAAUACCUCUUGUGAUCUAUCAACGUUCUUUGAAUUUUCGUGUAUCUCUUCAAAAAAUAAUUUUUACCAAAUUCUCCACUACUCCAUCUGCAAAUAUGAAAUCUUAUAUACAAAUAAUUGGUAGUGGAACUUUUGAUGUACCACCUUCAAUAAUGGUACAUUUUGAUGGCCAUAAUAGUCAGAGAUAUUUAUUUAAUUGUGGUGAAGGAACCCAAAGAUUUUGGUUACAAAAUAAAUUAAAAACUUCCAAGUUGAAAAAUAUUUUUUUGACUAGAGUUAACUGGAAUUGUUUCGGUGGACUUCCAGGUAUGCUGCUUACGACAGCGGAUGCAGGCUCCAAAGAAAUUAAAUUAUAUGGUGGCCCAAAUUUGACGCAUGCGAUAACUGCGACUAGAGGUUUUAUUUUGAGGCAAAUUGCUAAGACAUAUACUCAUGAAUUUCAAGAAGAUGGGAUGAUGUUCAAGGAUGAUAAUUUGACCAUACAUCCAAUAUUUAUUAAUCCAGAAGAAUUUAAUAAUAAUAUUUCAACUUCAUCUUUACAAAAGAGUGUUGGCGUACCAUCCAAACGCGCAAAUGAUUUUACACUUGACAAUGUCGAUACUUCAUCUUUGCAAUAUAAGAAAGGAGUUCUGUCUUUGAUGUUUAAUCAAACUCAUCAGACUUCUAAUUAUAAAGUACAUGAGAAAAAAAAAUCAAAAACAUUUGAAGAUAAUUUUGCAUUAGACAUUCCUGAUGAAGUAUCAAAAGAACAUUCUUCAUCUCCUAAAGAUGAUAUAGAUUCUUUAAUUCUGCAACGUAGAAAAUUGUUUCCAAAGAGAUUACCAAAAUCAAAUCCUUCAGCAACAUCUAUUGCUUAUAUUUGUAUAGGUCCAAAAUAUAAAGGAAAAUUUGAUCCUGCUGCUGCUAAAGCCCUUGGUUUAAAGCCUGGACCUCAAUAUGCUGCUUUAGUGAAUGGAGAAUCUGUGACUGCUCCGGAUGGAACAAUUAUUCAUCCAAACCAAGUUUUGGGUCCUUCUCGAGCCGGCACGAUAUUUAUUGUUGUAGAUGUUCCUUCUACAUCUUACAUACCUCCAGUAUGUGCAUCUCUAGAGUUUGCUACAUAUCAAACCGAUAAUAAAGAUUUACAGCCUCGAAUUAUAAUUCAUAUGCUUGGCGAUGGCGUUCUGGAAAAUGAGAAAUAUCAAACAUGGAUGAAAAAAUUUGGCCCAAAUACUGAGAUUGAUGAAAAACAAUACCGUAUACCUUAUUAUUCAAAUAAACCUGAAAAGCUAUUAGAUUCAAUAUCCAAUAUUCCAAAGAAAACACGUUUCGCUGAUCCAUUAUUAACCCUUCAUAUGGAACCUUCAUUUAAUAUCGAUUAUUCUAAUAUACCUGAAUUAUUUGAUCAUAAUAACGAAAAUUUACGAGCAUUAAAGGAAUUAAAUCAAAAUGUUGAAUAUCUUAAAGUUGCAUCACAAGUACAAGAAGAAGUUGCUGAAGCCAAACCUGAAGGAAUGAAUAUUCCUGGGAAUAAUGUUAUUGUUACAACUCUUGGUACCGGUUCAACUCUACCUUCAAAAUACAGAAAUGUAAGUUCAACACUUCUCAAUAUACCAAAUAAUGGUUGCAUUCUACUCGAUGCUGGAGAAGGUACACUCGGUACAUUAUUAAGACAUUUUGGCCCAUUUGAUAAACCUCGUGAAGGGCAAAUUAGCAUAGAAGAAUUUUUUGGUAGUUUGAAAUGCAUUUUUAUAUCACACAUGCAUGCGGAUCAUCAUUUAGGCAUAGUAGGAAUUUUAUCAAAAUGGAGUGAGUUACAGAGUGAUUCAAAUACUUUUAUCCAUAUUGUCGGACCACCGAAAUUAUGGAAAUGGCUUAGUGAAUUCAGUGAUGUUCAAGACUUUGGAUUUUCAAGAGUAAAGUUUAUAGAUAAUCGCGAUGUUUUACAUUUACAAAAACAAAAUUCAUCUCCUAAAAAUAUUUCAAACAGUUUAAAAUCAUUAAAAGAAUCCAUAAAUCUCAAAAGCUUUGAAACCGUAGAAGUUAUUCAUUGUCAAUUUGCCUAUGGAGUAAGCAUUGAACAUUUAGAUGGUUGGAAAAUUGUAUAUUCUGGUGACACACGCCCAUGUGAUGAUCUCGUGAAUGUAGGAAAAGAUGCUACUCUUUUACUUCAUGAGGCAACAUUUGAGAAUGAUUUACUUGAAGAAGCUUUGAAUAAAAAACAUAGUACAACUGAAGAAGCUGUAAAAAUUGGUGAACGAAUGAAUGCACAUUCAAUCUUAUUAACUCAUUUUAGUCAAAGGUACCCUAAAGUACCCGUGUUCACGGAUGAUCAUGGCAAAGUUGGGAUUAGUUUUGAUUUUAUGCAAGUUAGUAUUGGUGAAUUAUAUAAAUUGCCGAAAUAUGCUAAGGCUAUUAAGUUAUUAUACUGUGAAGAUAGUGAAGAGGCCAAGGAUUCUAAAGAUGAUGAUGAUUGGAUGCAAACAUAA